AUGGUGUUGGAGCUUCUCAUUCUCCCGCUGACCUCCAUCUUGUGUGUCCCUCUGACCUCCAUCUUGUGUGUCCCUCUGACCUCCAUCUUGUGUGUCCCUCUGACCUCCAUCUUGUGUGUCCCUCUGACCUCCAUCUUGUAUGUCCCUCUGACCUCCAUCUUGUGUGUCCCUCUGACCUCCAUCUUGUGUGUCCCUCUGACCUCCAUCUUGUGUGUCCCUCUGACCUCCAUCUUGUGUGUCCCUCUGACCUCCAUCUUGUGUGUCCCUCUGACCUCCAUCUUGUGUGUCCCUCUGACCUCCAUCUUGUGUGUCCCUCUGACCUCCAUCUUGUGUGUCCCUCUGACCUCCAUCUUGUGUGUCCCUCUGACCUCCAUCUUGUGUGUCCCUCUGACCUCCAUCUUGUGUGUCCCUCUGACCUCCAUCUUGUGUGUCCCUCUGACCUCCAUCUUGUGUGUCCCUCUGACCUCCAUCUUGUGUGUUGGGCAGCUCAGAAAACUGACCCGUGACACUGGGGUCGCUCUGAUCCUCCUGAUCACAGCCAAACUGCUGGUGAUGCCGCUGGUGUGUAAGGACAUGGUGGAGAUCCUGGAUGUGGGCGUGAACAGCAGCAGUUCGAACCACACCAGUUUGUCCAACUUUGCGUUUCUGUACGGAGUCUUCCCCACUGCCCCCAGCGUGGCCAUCUACGCCGCUCACUACAACAUGGAGCUGGAAGUGGUGACCUCAGGGAUGGUGAUCAGCACGUUCCUGUCUGCUCCCAUCAUGUAUGUGUCGUCAUGGUUACUGACCAUCCCCCUCAUGGACCCCCGCCCUCUCAUCAGCGAGCUGCAGAACGUCAGCUUCAACAUCAGCGUGGUCUGUCUGCUAUCUCUGGUGUGGACCAUCGCUGUGAUGCUGCUGAGCAGGAAGUUCAACAGACUCCCUCAUGUCUUUGCCCUGAACCUCUUCUUAGCUCAGGUCAGUGACACUGCAGCUGUGUUAGCUCAGGUCAGUGACACUGCAGCUGUGUUAGCUCAGGUCAGUGACACUGCAGCUGUGUUAGCUCAGGUCAGUGACACUGCAGCUGUGUUAGCUCAGGUCAGUGACACUGCAGCUGUGUUAGCUCAGGUCAGUGACACUGCAGCUGUGUUAGCUCAGGUCAGUGACACUGCAGCUGUGUUAGCUCAGGUCAGUGACACUGCAGCUGUGUUAGCUCAGGUCGGUGACACUGCAGCUGUGUUAGCUCAGGUCAGUGACACUGCAGCUGUGUUAGCUCAGGUCAGUGACACUGCAGCUGUGUUAGCUCAGGUCAGUGACACUGCAGCUGUGUUAGCUCAAGUCAGUGACACUGCAGCUGUGUUAGCUCAGGUCAGUGACACUGCAGCUGUGUUAGCUCAGGUCAGUGACACUGCAGCUGUGUUAGCUCAGGUCAGUGACACUGCAGCUGUGUUAGCUCAGGUCAGUGACACUGCAGCUGUGUUAGCUCAGGUCGGUGACACUGCAGCUGUGUUAGCUCAGGUCGGUGACACUGCAGCUGUGUUAGCUCAGGUCAGUGACACUGCAGCUGUGUUAGCUCAGGUCAGUGACACUGCAGCUGUGUUAGCUCAGGUCAGUGACACUGCAGCUGUGUUAGCUCAGGUCAGUGACACUGCAGCUGUGUUAGCUCAGGUCAGUGACACUGCAGCUGUGUUAGCUCAGGUCAGUGACACUGCAGCUGUGUUAGCUCAGGUCAGUGACACUGCAGCUGUGUUAGCUCAGGUCGGUGACACUGCAGCUGUGUUAGCUCAGGUCAGUGACACUGCAGCUGUGUUAGCUCAGGUCAGUGACACUGCAGCUGUGUUAGCUCAGGUCAGUGACACUGCAGCUGUGUUAGCUCAGGUCAGUGACACUGCAGCUGUGUUAGCUCAGGUCAGUGACACUGCAGCUGUGUUAGCUCAGGUCAGUGACACUGCAGCUGUGUUAGCUCAGGUCAGUGACACUGCAGCUGUGUUAGCUCAGGUCAGUGACACUGCAGCUGUGUUAGCUCAGGUCAGUGACACUGCAGCUGUGUUAGCUCAGGUCAGUGACACUGCAGCUGUGUUAGCUCAGGUCAGUGACACUGCAGCUGUGUUAGCUCAGGUCAGUGACACUGCAGCUGUGUUAGCUCAGGUCAGUGACACUGCAGCUGUGUUAGCUCAGGUCAGUGACACUGCAGCUGUGUUAGCUCAGGUCAGUGACACUGCAGCUGUGUUAGCUCAGGUCAGUGACACUGCAGCUGUGUUAGCUCAGGUCAGUGACACUGCAGCUGUGUUAGCUCAGGUCAGUGACACUGCAGCUGUGUUAGCUCAGGUCAGUGACACUGCAGCUGUGUUAGCUCAGGUCAGUGACACUGCAGCUGUGUUAGCUCAGGUCAGUGACACUGCAGCUGUGUUAGCUCAGGUCAGUGACACUGCAGCUGUGUUAGCUCAGGUCAGUGACACUGCAGCUGUGUUAGCUCAGGUCAGUGACACUGCAGCUGUGUUAGCUCAGGUCAGUGACACUGCAGCUGUGUUAGCUCAGGUCAGUGACACUGCAGCUGUGUUAGCUCAGGUCAGUGACACUGCAGCUGUGUUAGCUCAGGUCAGUGACACUGCAGCUGUGUUAGCUCAGGUCAGUGACACUGCAGCUGUGUUAGCUCAGGUCAGUGACACUGCAGCUGUGUUAGCUCAGGUCAGUGACACUGCAGCUGUGUUAGCUCAGGUCAGUGACACUGCAGCUGUGUUAGCUCAGGUCAGUGACACUGCAGCUGUGUUAGCUCAGGUCAGUGACACUGCAGCUGUGUUAGCUCAGGUCAGUGACACUGCAGCUGUGUUAGCUCAGGUCAGUGACACUGCAGCUGUGUUAGCUCAGGUCAGUGACACUGCAGCUGUGUUAGCUCAGGUCAGUGACACUGCAGCUGUGUUAGCUCAGGUCAGUGACACUGCAGCUGUGUUAGCUCAGGUCGGUGACACUGCAGCUGUGUUAGCUCAGGUCAGUGACACUGCAGCUGUGUUAGCUCAGGUCAGUGACACUGCAGCUGUGUUAGCUCAGGUCAGUGACACUGCAGCUGUGUUAGCUCAGGUCAGUGACACUGCAGCUGUGUUAGCUCAGGUCAGUGACACUGCAGCUGUGUUAGCUCAGGUCAGUGACACUGCAGCUGUGUUAGCUCAGGUCAGUGACACUGCAGCUGUGUUAGCUCAGGUCAGUGACACUGCAGCUGUGUUAGCUCAGGUCAGUGACACUGCAGCUGUGUUAGCUCAGGUCAGUGACACUGCAGCUGUGUUAGCUCAGGUCAGUGACACUGCAGCUGUGUUAGCUCAGGUCAGUGACACUGCAGCUGUGUUAGCUCAGGUCAGUGACACUGCAGCUGUGUUAGCUCAGGUCAGUGACACUGCAGCUGUGUUAGCUCAGGUCAGUGACACUGCAGCUGUGUUAGCUCAGGUCAGUGACACUGCAGCUGUGUUAGCUCAGGUCAGUGACACUGCAGCUGUGUUAGCUCAGGUCAGUGACACUGCAGCUGUGUUAGCUCAGGUCAGUGACACUGCAGCUGUGUUAGCUCAGGUCAGUGACACUGCAGCUGUGUUAGCUCAGGUCAGUGACACUGCAGCUGUGUUAGCUCAGGUCAGUGACACUGCAGCUGUGUUAGCUCAGGUCGGUGACACUGCAGCUGUGUUAGCUCAGGUCAGUGACACUGCAGCUGUGUUAGCUCAGGUCAGUGACACUGCAGCUGUGUUAGCUCAGGUCAGUGACACUGCAGCUGUGUUAGCUCAGGUCGGUGACACUGCAGCUGUGUUAGCUCAGGUCGGUGACACUGCAGCUGUGUUAGCUCAGGUCAGUGACACUGCAGCUGUGUUAGCUCAAGUCAGUGACACUGCAGCUGUGUUAGCUCAGGUCAGUGACACUGCAGCUGUGUUAGCUCAGGUCAGUGACACUGCAGCUGUGUUAGCUCAGGUCAGUGACACUGCAGCUGUGUUAGCUCAGGUCAGUGACACUGCAGCUGUGUUAGCUCAGGUCAGUGACACUGCAGCUGUGUUAGCUCAGGUCAGUGACACUGCAGGUGUGUUAGCUCAGGUCAGUGACACUGCAGCUGUGUUAGCUCAGGUCAGUGACACUGCAGCUGUGUUAGCUCAGGUCAGUGACACUGCAGCUGUGUUAGCUCAGGUCAGUGACACUGCAGCUGUGUUAGCUCAGGUCAGUGACACUGCAGCUGUGUUAGCUCAGGUCAGUGACACUGCAGCUGUGUUAGCUCAGGUCAGUGACACUGCAGCUGUGUUAGCUCAGGUCAGUGACACUGCAGCUGUGUUAGCUCAGGUCAGUGACACUGCAGCUGUGUUAGCUCAGGUCAGUGACACUGCAGCUGUGUUAGCUCAGGUCAGUGACACUGCAGCUGUGUUAGCUCAGGUCAGUGACACUGCAGCUGUGUUAGCUCAGGUCAGUGACACUGCAGCUGUGUUAGCUCAGGUCAGUGACACUGCAGCUGUGUUAGCUCAGGUCAGUGACACUGCAGCUGUGUUAGCUCAGGUCGGUGACACUGCAGCUGUGUUAGCUCAGGUCAGUGACACUGCAGCUGUGUUAGCUCAGGUCAGUGACACUGCAGCUGUGUUAGCUCAGGUCAGUGACACUGCAGCUGUGUUAGCUCAGGUCAGUGACACUGCAGCUGUGUUAGCUCAGGUCAGUGACACUGCAGCUGUGUUAGCUCAGGUCAGUGACACUGCAGCUGUGUUAGCUCAGGUCAGUGACACUGCAGCUGUGUUAGCUCAGGUCGGUGACACUGCAGCUGUGUUAGCUCAGGUCGGUGACACUGCAGCUGUGUUAGCUCAGGUCGGUGACACUGCAGCUGUGUUAGCUCAGGUCGGUGACACUGCAGCUGUGUUAGCUCAGGUCGGUGACACUGCAGCUGUGUUAGCUCAGGUCGGUGACACUGCAGCUGUGUUAGCUCAGGUCGGUGACACUGCAGCUGUGUUAGCUCAGGUCGGUGACACUGCAGCUGUGUUAGCUCAGGUCGGUGACACUGCAGCUGUGUUAGCUCAGGUCGGUGACACUGCAGCUGUGUUAGCUCAGGUCAGUGACACUGCAGCUGUGUUAGCUCAGGUCAGUGACACUGCAGCUGUGUUAGCUCAGGUCAGUGACACUGCAGCUGUGUUAGCUCAGGUCAGUGACACUGCAGCUGUGUUAGCUCAGGUCAGUGACACUGCAGCUGUGUUAGCUCAGGUCAGUGACACUGCAGCUGUGUUAGCUCAGGUCAGUGACACUGCAGCUGUGUUAGCUCAGGUCAGUGACACUGCAGCUGUGUUAGCUCAGGUCAGUGACACUGCAGCUGUGUUAGCUCAGGUCGGUGACACUGCAGCUGUGUUAGCUCAGGUCGGUGACACUGCAGCUGUGUUAGCUCAAGUCAGUGACACUGCAGCUGUGUUAGCUCAGGUCAGUGACACUGCAGCUGUGUUAGCUCAGGUCAGUGACACUGCAGCUGUGUUAGCUCAGGUCAGUGACACUGCAGCUGUGUUAGCUCAGGUCAGUGACACUGCAGCUGUGUUAGCUCAGGUCAGUGACACUGCAGCUGUGUUAGCUCAGGUCGGUGACACUGCAGCUGUGUUAGCUCAGGUCAGUGACACUGCAGCUGUGUUAGCUCAGGUCAGUGACACUGCAGCUGUGUUAGCUCAGGUCAGUGACACUGCAGCUGUGUUAGCUCAGGUCAGUGACACUGCAGCUGUGUUAGCUCAGGUCAGUGACACUGCAGCUGUGUUAGCUCAGGUCAGUGACACUGCAGCUGUGUUAGCUCAGGUCAGUGACACUGCAGCUGUGUUAGCUCAGGUCAGUGACACUGCAGCUGUGUUAGCUCAGGUCAGUGACACUGCAGCUGUGUUAGCUCAGUUCCUGGUGUGUGUGAGUAUGAUCCUGUGGAACUUCCUGGUGAAGCAGAAGGAGAACCUGGUGGGGAAAGUGAUCACCUUCAGCCUGCUGUACGGGUCGCUCUACAGCACCUACAUCUGGACAGGUGAGGUACUGCACCUGCUGUACGGGUCGCUCUACAGCACCUACAUCUGGACAGGUGAGGUACUGCACCUGCUGUACGGGUCGCUCUACAGCACCUACAUCUGGACAGGUGAGGUACUGCACCUGCUGUACGGGUCGCUCUACAGCACCUACAUCUGGACAGGUGAGGUACUGCACCUGCUGUACGGGUCGCUCUACAGCACCUACAUCUGGACAGGUGAGGUACUGCACCUGCUGUACGGGUCGCUCUACAGCACCUACAUCUGGACAGGUGAGGUACUGCACCUGCUGUACGGGUCGCUCUACAGCACCUACAUCUGGACAGGUGAGGUACUGCACCUGCUGUACGGGUCGCUCUACAGCACCUACAUCUGGACAGGUGAGGUACUGCACCUGCUGUACGGGUCGCUCUACAGCACCUACAUCUGGACAGGUGAGGUACUGCACCUGCUGUACGGGUCGCUCUACAGCACCUACAUCUGGACAGGUGAGGUACUGCACCUGCUGUACGGGUCGCUCUACAGCACCUACAUCUGGACAGGUGAGGUACUGCACCUGCUGUACGGGUCGCUCUACAGCACCUACAUCUGGACAGGUGAGGUACUGCACCUGCUGUACGGGUCGCUCUACAGCACCUACAUCUGGACAGGUGAGGUACUGCACCUGCUGUACGGGUCGCUCUACAGCACCUACAUCUGGACAGGUGAGGUACUGCACCUGCUGUACGGGUCGCUCUACAGCACCUACAUCUGGACAGGGCUGAUCCCUCUGUGCCUGGCUCUCACUAACAGAGAUGACCUCCUGAGGCUCAGACCCAGUGUCUUCAUGGUCCUGGGCUGGGGCGUGCCUUUCGUCAUGGUGGGAUGCCUCCUGCUGAUUGGAGAAAGGACAGACUCCAUCGAUUCUGCUUUCUUCUACGGAAAAGCUCAGAUCAUAUGCAGUGCAGUGGUGCUGGCCGUCAGUCUGGUGCUGGGGGCUCUCUCUCUGAUGGGGCUGAGCCAGGGCCGGGAGCAGAGUGGGUAUGAAGCUCUGAGUAGAGCCACUGUCACAGGCCUGAGUGAAGAGGUGCUGCCCCCUGCUGGUGUCGAGGAGCAACAACAGCAGCAACAACCGCCCCCCCUGCUGCUCAACUCUCCCUCUGCAUUCAGCAUCAACUCAGAGCUGCAGAACGGUUCCCCGCCUCAGUCCGUCCCUGACACGUCUUCUCGGGGAGAGCCUGCCCUUAGCACAGAGCGUCUGUCGGAGCAGCCUCUGAACCUGCCUCCUCCUGGUCCUCCUCCUGAUGAGAAGCAGACCCUCCGCCACGUCCUGCUGUGCCUGCUGCUCAGCGUUAGCCUGUUAGCCAACCUGUCCAGCUGCAUGUGGUGGCUGCUGAACAGAGACCCAGGGCGCCUGUACCUGGAGCUGCAGUUCUUCUGCGCCGUGGCCAACUACGGACAGGGGUUUCUGUCGUUUGGAAUCUUUGGUCUGAACCUUCCUUUCAAGAAGAGGGUGCUGGCUCUGUGGAAUGGGCUGCCCCCUGGUGGUGGGACAGAGGAGGUGCGGCUCACCUGCACCCAGUUUGUGCGUUACCACAAAGAGCAGUGUGUGCAGGACCUGGUGCACACACGCAGCAGCAGCAGGAGCACUGUGUUCCCGGCGGCGGAGCUGGAGGCGUGGCUGCAGGAGAGAGGGGUGUGUUUGGACGCGACACAGGCACAGCUGUACAGACAGAGGCUGCAGAGGGGCGGAGUCCUGGAGCCAGAGUCCGGGACCGAGGGUCUGAGUUUCACUGAGCUCCAACAGGAGGAUGCAUGA